UCAAUAAACUAUUCCUCUCUUCUUAGUCUUACUUUGCUCCCUUUGACCCCGUGUGUCAAACAAGACAACCCUCUUUUAACUCUCCAUUUCUAUAUAUUAACAACUCAUUUUCCUUCAUCAUUCAUCAUACUCACAAUAACAAAAACAACAACAACAAUAACAAACGAUCAAAAACAUCAUCAAAAACCACAAAAUGGUUUUAUCAUGGACAAAAGGUAGUAGGGUUUUCCGUCGUGCAAGAAAAGGAAAAGAGUUACUAUCAAAUUCAUGCAACGAUUUACAAGUGGAGAUAGCAAUUCCAACUCAUUUUCGUUGUCCAGUAACACUAGACUUAAUGAAAGACCCCGUUACACUUUCAACCGGCAUAACCUACGACAGAGACAGCAUCGAAAAAUGGUUUGAAUCAGGUAACAACUCAUGUCCGGUUACAAAAACAGAGUUAACAUCCUUUGACAUCGUACCAAAUCACUCUCUACGUAGAAUGAUUCAAGAUUGGUGUGUUCAACACCGUUCCUAUGGCGUCGAAAGAAUCCCAACUCCACGUAUUCCAGUAACUCGUUAUGAAGUUACUGAUACGUGUAGUAGGAUUCUUUCGGCAGCGCAACAAGGAGAUGAGAGCAAGUGUUUUGAAUUGGUGAGAAAGAUAAAGGGUUGGGGAAAAGAGAGUGAGAGGAACAAGAAGGUUAUAGUUUCAAAUGGUGUUUCUCUUGUUCUUGCUAAGGUUUUUGAUUCUUUCUCACGUGGUUUGAUUGAGAAGAACGUUGUUCUUUUGGAAGAGAUUUUGGAAGUGCUGACAUGGAUGCGUCCUCUUUCUGAAGAGAGUAGAUUUGUCUUUUUGGGAUCUUCAAAUUCUUUGAGUUGUUUGGUUUGGUUCUUAAAUGAUCAACAAAAAAUUUCAACCAGGCAAAAUGCUUCUUUGUUGCUUAAGGAAAUGAAUGUUGAGUCAUUGGCAAAAAUUGAAGGGAUUGUUGAAUCUUUGGUCAACAUGGUUAAGGUUAAUGUUGAGAUUGGGAGUGCUUCUACAAAAGCAUGUUUAUCAACAAUUUUUCAUUUGGUUUACUCAUCAAAGAGUAAAAAAGUGAUUUUGGAGAGGUUUGUUGAAUUGGGUUUGGUUUCAAUUUUAUUGGAGAUUCUUGUUGAUGCUGAAAAAGGAGUUUGUGAGAAAGCUUUAGGUGUGUUGAAUUGUCUUUGUGAUAGUAAAAAUGGGGUGCAAAUAGCAAAGUCAAAUGCUUUGACUUUGCCUCUUGUUAUUAAGAAGCUUUUGAGGGUUUCUGAAUUGAGUUCUAGUUUUGUUGUUUCUAUUGUUUACAAGAUUUGUGACAAGGCUGAGGAAGGUAUUUUGAUUGAGGCAAUUCAACUUGGGAUGUUUCAGAAACUACUUGUUUUGUUGCAAGUAGGUUGUGCUGAGAGUACCAAGGAGAAAGCUACUGAAUUGUUGAAAUUGUUGAACGGUUAUAAAAGCAAAGCAGAGUGUGUUGAUUCAUCAUCAUUGGAUUUCACACACCUUAAGAAGCCAUUCUAAUUUAUCUAUAAGGACUAAAGAUGACAUUAGAUUUCCCUUUUGUUUUUCUUUUUUUGUAUAUUGUCUUAAACAGAAUAUACUCUUGUACAAAGUUACACAGUCACAUAUACAAGGACACAAAUUGUGUCUCCAACAUUCAAUUGAACUUUUACAUUUCAAUUA